AGAUAUUUAAUUUUCUCAGUGGGCGGUUAUAUAAGUCAUGUGACAGCAGGCGUCAGUAAAGCCGCCAUGCGGCUUCUGAGAGGGGCAGUGUUGUUAGGUGUGGUGGGGAGCAGAGGAGUACUGAGAAGCAUGUGUGCUCAGGUGGGGGACUGGCAGAGUGCCAAGACCAUCUACGAGUUCUCUGCCAAGGAUAUUGAUGGCAAUGAGGUGUCUCUUGAGAAAUAUAGAGGGUAUGUGUGCAUCAUUGUAAAUGUAGCCUCUAAAUGAGGCAAGACCAGAGUAAACUACACUCAGCUAGCGGGAAUGCACGCCUCCUAUGCUGAGAAAGGUUUACGCAUCCUGGGUUUCCCAUGCAACCAGUUUGGAGGGCAGGAGCCUGGGACUGAGGCAGAAAUUAAAGAGUUUGCUAAAGGGUACAAUGCUGAGUUUGACCUCUUCAGUAAGAUUGAGGUGAAUGGAGACAACGCUCACCCUCUGUGGAAGUGGAUGAAGGCACAGCCUAAAGGCAAAGGAACUUUUGGAAAUAACAUCAAAUGGAACUUCACAAAGUUUCUUAUAAACAGAGAGGGAGAAGUGGUGAAGCGAUACGGCCCAACAGAUGACCCCAGUGUGGUGGAGAAGGACCUGCCCACAUACCUCUAAUAUGACAUGUCUCCAAUGUGUUUCUUUGACCCCUUACCUCUCCCAUGGACUUCAGGGUGUCUGUGUGUGUUUGUGUGUUUCUGGACCAGUGACGGCCUGUCUGUAAACCCAACCCUGGGGAAGGCAGGCCCGAUGACCCCCAGCGUGCAACUAAAGCUCCAGAGCCCACCCACACCAAACCCUAUCAGACCAUGUGAGAGGCCAUUCACUAGCAAUACAAAGUAGAGACACAUCACAUCUUACUUCACCCUCAGAACAGCCAUUCCUUUUUCUAAUACAAAUACCAUCCUGUCCUUUCUGAAUGUUAAGUGACAAGUUUGUGCAUGUGUCAGUGUCAUUGUUAUUUAAGGACAUAAGAUGCCAUAAAUUUCACAGAUUUCUGUAAUGCUACUGAUAAUAUUGUUUGCACUUAACUUAUCGAAGGGCCCAUUAUUGUACCAUGACUUAUCAUGUGUUGAAACUGGGAAAUAAAUGCUGUCUAUGACA